GAUGCUGACAACGUUGCAGAUGUUCUGGAAGAAUACGGUGUUUGUAUUGUUAAAGAUUUUAUGAAAAAAGAACAGUUGGAUAAGAUUAAAGGUGAGCUAGACCCAAUAUUUGAAACUAAAAAGAAUGAUCCAAGAUUAUUCCCAAAGGAAACUAUAAGAAUUACAUCUACCGUUGCAAAAUCACCAGCUGUUGUCAAAGAAGUGCUAUCGAAUCCUUUGCAUGUUGACUUAUCUGAAAAAUUUUUGGCUAAAAAAAAUGCAUUUUGGAUUGGGAACAAUAUUAAUAUAGGUUAUUCUCCUUCUAUAAUUUCAAGCUCCAUUGCAUUUAGAGUUGGUCCAGGUGCCCCAUUUCAGGCGUUACAUCGUGAUGAUCAUUCAGACCACAAUAUUAGAAAGUAUCAAGAAAAAUAUGAGUAUGGCUCUGAAACUCAAAUUGGUGUUUCUGUUGCUUUGAGUAAAGUUACAAAAGAGAAUGGAGGAACAAGAUUUAUUCCAGGAUCUCAUCUUUGGGAUCACUUCAGAAAGCCCCACGAAGAGCAAUGUAUGCAAGUGGAAUUGGAUGAAGGUGACGGGUUUUUCAUGCUGGCCUCUGUGUUUCAUGGUGCUGGUGCAAAUGUCACUGAAGAUGAAUUCAGAACCUUGUUGAUUUUAUUUAUGUCCAAUGCAACUACAAGGCAAAAAGAGAACAUUUAUUUGGAAAAAUCCAUUGAUUAUUUCAAACAGUUUAGUGCAUCUGAGCUAAAGUUGCUAGGACUCAGCAUGAGUGAGCCUUUUAGUGGGAUGCUUGAGCUUCAAGACCCA